AGGCUUCUCGAAUUCCAUUUCCCUCUCAAUUGCAAUUCCCUCUCUUGGUCUCAGCCUCUCACUCCUCUAAUACUAAAAACUCUACACCUCUUCCUUCACCUCCACCACGCCACCGCCACCGACGGCUGCUCCUCCAUCACAGACAAACACUCGAAGUCGGUGCUGCAACUGCUGCUGACUAAUUUCACUGUGGGCUGUGGGUUGUUCGAAUCCAAUCAAAGAAUCCCUAAAAAUCGAAAUUUUUGAUUUUGUUUAAGAAUUUCAGCAGAUUGAAGGCUUCGUUCUGCUUUUUCAUGCAUAAUUAUUAGGAUUUAAGGUUUCGGAAUUUGAUCUUGAGGGUCUUCAAUACCAUAUCUUCCUUGGUCACAUGAGUGAAAACACACUAAUGGAUGAUGAAGGGGGGGAAGAAGAAACAUUGGCUCCUUUAAGGGGAUUGAGUGAUUCUGAAUUCUCAUCAAAGGAUUCUGCAGAUGAAGAACUGUGUAUUGAAGCAGGUUCCGGAACCAAACAGCAGUUCAGAAGUGUUGUCUUGAAGGCUUGUUGGAAAGAUGAUAUGGGUAUGGCUCAGAUUAUGAUUAACAUGGGCAAUUUUUUGAAAUCAAUGGGGAUCAAUCGUAAUAGCAAGAUGUAUCUUUCAAUUGAAGAGACAUUGUUUUUAGUACAAAUAGGUGCGUUGCUUCUUGUUGAUGAAGAGGAAACCGAGAUCCUUUUAAAAGAUUUGUAUCCCAAAGUUGAAGAAGAAAAGAGUGGUUGCAGUUGGGAGGGUUUCAAGGUUUAUCAGCAUCUGAAAUCUCUCGGGUAUAUUGUAGGACGACUCGGCAGGCCAUGGAGCCUGAAAAGCACAAGGAGUUCUGUUCUGCCUCUUGAAAAUACUUCAGAAAAUGAUAAUGCAGCACACUUUACAGUGUAUAAAACUUCAAUUGUUGAGUCAUUGAAAGCUUUACAACUUAAUGGAGAUCAUCUUCCUCUCAAGUUCAAGGAGACAUCACCUGAAAAAUCAGAUUUUGUUGUCCAUUUGCCCGUUUACGAAGUUUUCCUUCCGAAUAGCCAGUUUAAGAAGACAUGUCCCGGGGAUCCAAAUUUUGUUGUCUACUCGGCAAGUGGCGAUCCACCUUCGUUUUCUGACCUUAAAGAACUGGAAAGACAAAGCAAUGGCAUUCCUCUAAAGAUUGGGCAUGUAGACGAUGGGCGAGUCAGUUUAUUUUCUUUUGAUGCAGUGGAGCUUCCCCUUCUUCCAUGACAUUAUCGAGCAAGGUUUUUUCUCAGUCAUGAAUAUUGAAGGUGUAUAUGUAAUCCUAAUUGAAAAAAGGAAAAAGCACAAAGAAUGUUGAGAAAUAUUCAUUGAUUUUGUAAUUUAAAGAAUUAGAAAUUUAGAAAUCUUUGCUGGUCAAGGGUUCAUCUCCCUUCAAAUUUAAACAUCCAUAUUAACUGAUGGUAAGUGGCUUUUUGAUUAGCUCAUUGAAUUUUGAUUUAUAAUCUUAUUGUUAGUUGAACUGUCAUAAUAAUUAUUUUGUAAUUUGCUCAGUUAAAAAGUUGAUUUUUAAAUCAAAAUAAAAACUAAAACAACUUUUUAAUUGAAAUGAAUACUGUAUUAACUAAUGACGUGCAAGAGGGGAUUAAGAAGUGACAUAUCUAAUCUACAAGAAACUAUUUGAUCGCAACAUUUAUGUUGAAGUAUUAGCUACUUGUUAAUUUUGUUGAUGUCAUAUUAUGAUUUUAUUAAUAAGUAAUAUUAUUUUAAUAUAAAAUACGUUUAACAUUAAAAGCAGUAUUAUUAUGUGAUGUGAGACAUAUUUAUUUAUAUAACGAUUUAAGAACAAGAUUGAAUGGCGGGUUUCACCUAAUAUUGUAGGUAAUUUGAUGGUUUGAUUUAGGUUAAAUACUAUUAAUUGCAGUGUUCGGGGAGUUAUGUUGAGUAGUGUUUUGUAAUUGUUAGGGUAAGUCUCAAAUUACCUAUGCAUGGAGGUGAGUAUGAUCAUCUUAUUGCUAACACCAUGACAUGUACUAUGAAGAAUGAUAAAGGGUGUGCAAUGAGAAACUUUGGUUAAAGCAAGAAGAAAGUUUUUUGAAGGGUGUUUGGACAAGGUAAGGA